AUGAGGGCUGUAUUACGUUUAAACAAUCCCAGGGCCAGAACAGGCAAACUCCGUGAGGUUUUGCGUGGUGAAACCUGCAAGAGACAAAGGACUUUGUCAAGCUUCUGUGAACAACACAGGAGUGCCGAAGAUGGAUCUAAAAGAGGCUUAUAUGGCCUUCGGAUAUGGAAUAUGGUGGGGUCAAGUAUUAGGAUUGCAGAUGUAAUGAGGGGUUGGCUUGGAAGGAAGGGUGCAGUGGAUCAACUUCCAUUUUGUGGUUCUGCCACUGGGGCUGUUGAUGGAUGCCUCUACAUGCUUGGUGGAUUCUACAAAGCUUCAGCCUUGAGGUGUGUCUGA